GAAGGUUUCCGCGACGCCAGUGAUGGGCUUGACCCCAGCUAUCUCUCCAACGCUCUUACCGCUGUCUCUCCUGGCUUUUGCGUCUAUUCGCUGAAGACACGAACAAGAACGCCAGGUCCCGUGCCUUCGGCGAUAGGUCCUGGUUCGCAGAAGCACUGGUCCUAAUCGCCACAUCCGAUAGCUGCAAGGGAUUGAGAACGGAGUACUUCUUUAGAAAUGAGUUGCCCAAUUGAGAAGGCACUUGCUGAUGCUAAAGCUCUUGUUGAAAGAUUAAGAGAUCAUGAUGAUGCAGCAGAAUCUCUGAUUGAGCAGACUACAGCUCUCAAUAAGCAAGUAGAAGCAAUGAAGCAGUAUCAGGAAGAAAUUCAAGAACUUAAUGAAGUUGCAAGACAUAGACCACGAUCCACUUUAGUUAUGGGAAUCCAGCAAGAAAACAGACAAAUCAGAGAAUUGCAGCAAGAGAACAAAGAAUUGCGUACAUCCCUAGAAGAACAUCAGUCUGCCCUGGAACUUAUAAUGAGCAAGUAUCGAGAACAGAUGUUCAGAUUGCUAAUGGCUAACAAAAAAGAUGACCCAGGUAUAAUAAUGAAGUUAAAAGAACAGCACUCCAAGAUUGACAUGGUACAUCGUAACAGCUCCGAGAGAUUCUUCCUUGAUGCAUCUCGACACAUCCUUGAAGCACCUCAACAUGGACUGGAGAGGAGGCACUUGGAAGCAAAUCAGAAUGAGUUACAAGCACAUGUUGACCAGAUAACUGAAAUGGUAGCAGUAAUGAGGAGAGCUAUUGAAAUUGAUGAGCAGCAAGGUUGCAAGGAACAGGAACGAAUAUUUCAACUUGAACAAGAAAACAAAGACUUGAGAGAGAUUCUUCAAAUAACUCGAGAAUCAUUUUUGAACCUUAAGAAGGAUGAUGCAUCAGAAAGUACAUCUUUGUCAGCACUAGUGACUAGUAGUGACCUGAGUCUGAGGAAGAGCUGAAGGACUGAAGCCUCGAGCUUCUUACAGGGCUCCACAUAGUCACUAGAACUGGCCUAUAAGUGAAUGAAUGAACAGAAAACUUAAUUUCAAUCAAUCCUUUCUAUUUCCUCAUUAGUAUAUACAACAACUGGCUAAGAAAUAUCAAUCAAAAAAAUGUAUAGUUUAUGAUCAUAAACUUUAUUGCAAAACAUAACUGAAAAGUAGAAACUGAACCUGUUUAAUUGGUGAACAAAUGAAAGGUUUUCAUAGUGACUCCUGAACAUAGCAAAACCUGUCAGCAGUGCUAUUGGCUUUCUGGAUACUAUGUAGAUAAACUUAAAUAUUCUCAGUAAAUGUUUGGGAAUUCAUAGAAUUAUCCCAAUUUAAAAGUAUCAGAAUAUGGUUUUGUGAAUGGAAGAUCUUUAUACUAAAUUUUAUCCCAGUUUAGUGUCAUAAUUAACAAAUAGCUUAAUGUACCAUGAAACUUUAGCUUUAGUAAUUGCCUGUUUUCCCGUUAAAUUCUUUGUCAAAGAAAACUCAUGUGUAAAGAAUGUACAAAUGUUUUAUGUGUACCACAAACAAAAGUGAUCAUUUAAUUAUAGCUAACUUGCCAUAAUUGAUAUUUAGCUAACAUCUGUAACUUGCUUAAAUAUAUGAAA